AUGGCUGUUGCCCUCACUCCCUUUUUCCUGCCCCAGUCCCACCUGGACCUUCCCCAGAGCACCCGCGACACCAAACUCCACCCUUCCAAAGCCCUUGCCUACCGACCCCAAUUUCCACCCCAACACCGCGCUCCGAUGCCUGCCCCAAGCCGUCCAAGCUGCCCGUCACACACACCACCUAAUGCUACUCCGUCUUAUCUACACCCUCCUCACCCUGCCAUUGCACACCCUCCAGCUCCGGAUCAUAUCCGCCGGCUGCCCAUCGGCGCCACCCUGUGGCUCCGCGGCCAGCAGACAGACUGUCUCUUGCUCGCCAGCCUCAGUUACAUGCUCGUCUUUGACGCCCUUGGCUCCGAACAUGCCCUCCUCUUCGACCCCCGUCCGGACGACGGGUUGGACCGGCUCCGGGAUGCCCUGUGCACUAAGGACGGCGGCUCCACGGCCAUCCGCUUUCCCCUUCGGAUCCCCUACUACAACGCCUGGGAUGCAACCAAGGCAUUGAAAGUCAAUUUGGGUAAACAUUACUCUUCCUCAGACAAGAAUUAUUGGUACAGCCUCUGGAAAUGCUUCAGACAAUGUUGCACGGAGGUGAUGCUGGAAUCCUCAUUGAUGUUUUGGUUGCCAGCAAAAUCUACUCUGCAAAUGAUCUCCUUCCCACAACCACCCAAGUUAACCGCCGGUCGACCCUUGUUUUGCCCGCUUGGCCCUUGCAACUCGGCAAUCGCCUUCUUUGCUUGGGUCCCAUUCCAAUUAGGCUGCCUAUUCCAUCCACGAGGUGCGUCCGUUCCCCCCGAGGAUACAUCAUCUAGCAACCUUCAUGGCAGACAGUUAUUCCAAUUCACGUGGCAUCGCCCUUCGCAUCCGUUGUCACUACCGCGCCUGGACCCUUCCGCCUUGGUACAACCAGCCGCCACCAUUAUCCCUAACUCAACUGGCCCAACCACACGCUCCCCCCAUCAUGCCCCCCUGCCCCGUCGCUCUAUCAAGUAUGCCGGCAUGGCCGCACCCCCAAUGGACCACAAUGGCAUGUCCGGAAUUUCGAUGGAGCCAAUGUCCCGACCUAAACCAGAACAUAGUGGCAUGGGAAUGAUGAUGAACACGGUUUUCGUACCCGGUACACCCACUGUACCCCUGUGGUUUGACGGCUGA